AUUUCAGAUAUUGCUGUAGACUAUUUCCAAGAUGUUGCACCCCGGAAAUUUGGUCGUGUUGAUCGUAUCUUGGCAUCAUCUGUUACCAGCCGAACUCGUGCAUCUCCAUGUUCUGUUAUGAUGAGUAUGAUAUAUGCUAAACGACUCCGCCAUAAAAAUCCUGCUUACUUAGAUCACAUGUCUUCAUCUGAUUUAUUUCUGAUUAGUAUGAUGAUGGCUAGUAAGUUUAUUUAUGAUGAUGGUGUUGAAGAGGAAGUGUUUAAUGAUGAAUGGGCCGAGGCAGCAGAUUUAGAGAUCUCAGAAAUCAACAAUUUAGAACAGCAAUUUCUUCAGGCUAUUGUAAGUAAUAGUUAA